AUGGUCCGAUCCGCUACUCGACGAAACCAGAAGCUCGCCGCCAAGAGCGCCAAGGCAACCCCAACUACUUCGAACCCGUCGCCAUCGAACGUGGUCAAACGAGAACCUCGUCGUUGGGCUGCUCGAUCACCACCUCUGCGUUCCGCUCGGCCGCUCUCAUCCGACGAGUGGCCAGAACUUCCACGAUCUAGUUCCACCGAAGAAGCACCUCCUGCUUCGCCGAUUGUCUCACCACCACGUGGGUCUGGCACACCGCGACAAAGUACGCCAAAGAAAUCCGACCACCCUCAAAAACUUCGAACUGGCGUUCGAGUGUUUCAAUUCGACAACAUCGGUGCCGAAACCCGCCAAGCUCCUCCUCUUCCUGACCGUCCACCUGCAGUUGGAGAAUCUGACGAUAUUUCCCUGGCUGAAACAACGUCGUUUGAUAGACAGCAGGAUGCAGAAGAAACCGUCCACCUUGCAAACGACGACGAGACAAAACUUGAAGCCUUCACUUCUGGUUUUCUCUUGAAGUCCGAUUUUGAUGAAUUUUCGUCGUUGUCCCGCUACAACGAUAAUGUCGUCAAAUCUGAUUGGUUUUUUAGACCUGUUAAAAACAGGUCUUCUCCAGAAGGGAAUUGGAACUUCCCGGCCAACUACAAUCCAAAGGGAUCCGCUUUCGCAAAGGCUCUUGGUUUUGCGAAACACUUCUAUGCUAACAAGAUGGCGAGUCUUGAUGCGCUUGAAGAAGAAAUAAACUCCUGUAAACUAGGCGUCACAUUGGAAACUUCACGGAUAAUGUAUAUCCCACGUGGUGAUGGCGGCGCUCCGCAGACGUUUACGGUGAGUUCCCGAUCACUUGAUGGUGGAAGCACUCUUGAAGAGCGCAUCUCACUCGCCUCUUCUCUUCAAGGUCAAUUCUUGGUUCCGACUGUCCCUCAACCGACAGCACGCCAAGUUGAGUUGAAUUCUCGACAAUCGACUUGCGAAAGAGAAAACUUUCCGGAAACAACGACGAUGCCUCAGAACCAGCAACCGUCCAUGCCUUCCACUACCGUCGCUCCAACUGGCAGUGCCACUACGACUACCACGUCUUUUGCCGCAGGAGCUGGUGGAGCUGGUUCUUCAACCGCCUUUCCCGCUGCGCCCACCAACAUCGGGGUCCACAUGACUGAUGUGUCUCGAACCCGGGUCGAAAAUGAAAACCAGCCGUUGAUUGCUGGUGUUGGUCGAGGUGUUGGCAAUCCAACCGCGGUGUCCCGAUCCUCAACGGUCUGCUUUGCCACUCGUGCGUUCUGGGCAAGUUGUGCGUUUUUUGCGGCUGGCGCUUUGAUUGCGCUUAGCGCAUACAUUUUGUACUCUACGUACAACAACUGUGUGCCCUCCGCACUUGUCAACCGCCGGGAUGAGCUUUCUGUUGAGUCCCGUGACGCUCAAAUCCAGACCGAUGGCAUGGGCGAUAACCUCGAUGGCUUCAAUGAAGCAAUCCCCAGCGUUGGUCGAAUCGCCGAUGACGAGGAAGCCCAGGAGCAUGAUGAGUACCGGCUUCGAACUGGUCGUCGUCGUCGCCGCGGCACUCGGGCUGUCUUUGUACACCCUGGUCUCUACGGUCGCGGAGUUGAAGAUUCUGGAGUCGUCAUGCAAAACGACUAUGAUGCGGAAACCAGCAGCUUUUCUGCCAGUUCCAAAUGGUACAGUGGCGAUUUGGACACAAUUUCCAGCAUUACCGACAUUAUCAACCGCCGACGAGCAGCUGUCACUCGGCUCUUCGAAGAUGUCGACUCUUCUUCGUCUGAGGAGGACAGCGUCUACUUCAUUGCCGGGCUCUUUUCCGAGCCAGAACUUGAGGGCAGCGGCAGUGAGGCGAGUGACGAUCUCACUACUCCAACUCUCCCCGAGAAGGACCCUGCGAUCGAGUCCCUUCCAGUUGUCUACGUCGCUGAGACUGAUGGAAGCGGAUCUGGCGAUGAUUCUCAUCCUUCUGCCGGGGAUGACUUGGUGGUCGCCUCUGUCGUCCCAGACUCCAACAAUUUGGAGAUUUCUUCCAACACCACAACCCAAGCCAAUGCCACCAUCGUCUCUGAAACCGAUGCGGCUGUGACUCCUGGAACCGAUUUCAACACUACAGUCGGCUCUAACUCUUCCGAAGCUAUGGAAAUGACAGAACUCAACUAA